UCGAGUUUGCGACCGACUGGGGAACGAAGCGCGGUUCCUCCUCCCGUCCCAUUCCCAGAAGGGACGGCGCCUGGCAAACUGGACGACGGGACCCAUCUCCCCAUUUUUACCCUGUUUUCUCUUUUCCUCCGUUGGCGCCGUGCUUUCGAGUCAGCGCCGUCGUCCGUUCUGUUAAAAUGCUGCAGCUCUCGCGAAAGACAGUUUGUUGCUCCGCGUUUGUCAGUUUCCCCCGUUCAACGCGCCUGACAACGUACCCCACUCCCGGACAAACAAACAAAAAAAAAACUUUCGAAUCUCCAGUGAUCUUUCGGCGUAACUAUGAUGGACUCCACGUGUGAAUCUUCGACUGGCAGGACGCGCUGCCAUCGACUGGCUACCUGAACGAACUCUCCGCCGUCGCAACGUGCUCCGUAGACGACGCUUCGUGUGUGUGUGUUUUCGACCAGGAAAUCUUUUACUGGUCCAGCUCUAUCGUCGCAGCGCCCACUGGACGAACCCCCGGCUUUCUCCACAUCGUAAGGUGCCCCACAGACUACCCUUCACGUGCGUGUAUGUGUAUCCCUUCGAACUGCUAUCGACUCGAGAGAACCAUGCCGCGGACCAGCGUCACCGCCACGCUCCAGUCGCCACGUGCUUUUCCCCGGCGGCGCCGCUCCUAGCUCCCGAGCAAGCGACCAUCGUCUCCUCCACUCCGGCGUCAACGCUCCUCAUCCGACCGAGUCCCCAUUCAUCCGCUUUACCCCUCGCCCUCCGAGAAGAGAAGCCCCGACCGGCCGACGUCCCCCCUUCCCCAUCUCCCAAGUCCUCCAGCGCGGACGAGAGCGAGAGCAUCAGCGCUACGCCGACAACGCCAGCGCGGCGGCCGGCGGCGUCGUCGGGGAGAGGGCAAAAACUUCGGCGCCGUCUCUGCCGCCAACGCCGAGUCGGUCGGGCGGGCGUCGAGCGCGAGCCAGGCCGUCGCGGCAUGCCGGCGGCGCGACGUCCGUCCACAGCGGCUCGCGGGGAAGACGACGCCGGCGUCGUCGUCGCGGGAGGUAACGGCUAGAGCCCCUCGGCGUCGCGGCUCUCGGAUGUUUCCGUGCAACGGACGUGGACAGCCGGUCGAGUGAGUGCGCGAGUGCUCGGUCGGGGGUCCCACCGGGCCGACAUGCGGCAGCCUGGGCUCUGCAUCGGCAUCGUGGUGAUGUGCGCCGACGUCCUCGUGCAAGUCUGCGGCGAAAUCUUCUGCCACUGCAACCUGGCGGCGUGCGUGUCCACGGGAUACAUGUGCAAGUCCCGCCAAGAGCUCUGUUUCUGGGACCAGGCGUCCGCUUGGUCAAGUGACGUCACCGGGUCCGGGCCGUACCACUGGCGCUACGGCUGCGUCGACCUUCUCGCCGACUCCGAGGCCAGGUCGUACAAAUCGGCCGGACCCCAGGACGUCGGGGACGCCGUGGGACACAGUGCGCCCCACGAGCGCUGGGACUGCAACGCCUCCUUGGGCGACGAGGCCACUGGCGGCGCGAGAGUGCAUCGUCGCUGCUGCAAUCACGAUAUGUGCAACUUCGACAAAGACUACCGGGAUGGCGCACCAGGUAGCCACAGUGGCCGCGACUUCGGAGAGCCCAUCAUAGCAGCCGGCUCCUUGACGCGGCUGCUAUGGUUCAGGGCGGCUGUCAUCGCGGUGCCCAUCACGGGAGGCUUCGUCCUGGUUCUGCUCGUUCUGCUGGCUUCCAGGCUACUCCGCCGCGACGCUGACCCUCCGUCCCAAGGCAGCCAUCUAGUCCACGGCAUGCACGAACCUCGCAAGGCGUCGACAAAAAGCCUCGUGUCUUGUCUCCGGGCCUUGUGGCCAGUCAAGACGGACAAGAGUGUUGUGCUAGUCUGAGUGCCCGCCGCCCGUCGAUGCUUCCAGCCAUAGAGGAAGGGCUUCCAGGACAAUGCUGCAUUUUUGAGAAGUGCCAAAGCCGAAGUUCGCGCAGCGCUUGCAAUGGUCCAAAUGCGGUCAGGCGGGGAAAGCUUAAAGAAAAUGUUUUUUUAGGGUUUGUGGGAUCCAUCAUUUAUUUUUGCUUUUCUUUUGAGUAACGGAAGCGCCUCAAGUGUUGUCAAAUCACAGUUUCGACCACUAUAGUGGGCGUAUUGGUGAGGGAAUGGAACAUUCCAGAGUUUGAAUACUUCCCGUAGAUUUGCUCCUCCAUUCAAUUUUACUGAGCAGCUCAAAAAUAUUUGCAAAUCUACCACAACAGUUUUACAUCAUGUUAAUCUGAACGAGAUAUAUUAAUGCCCUAAAUUUAUUCAUAAAAUACUCCUGAAAUAAAAUUUGAAGCUGAGGACUUUUUAUCGCGAGAUAUUGGCCACAAGCCUAAAAUGUGUCUGAGACGGGCAAAAAAAUAGAACCUAAAACAUUUUACCAUUCCAAACAUGCAAAAUCUCCUGAAUGGGCGUCUGGAUCGAAGGCUUGUAAAGUGUAUGCGUUUUUCAAUUUUUAUGAGGUUUUCGCGCUGUUCAUUAUUUUCUCACUUAUCAGAUGUCCAUUCUCUGAGUUUAUUCCCAUGGCACUCUUCUUUUUCCCGAUUGCACUUUCAUUCAAAUUUGCUGGGAUUUUUUGUUGUGGUUGUUGUUAUUGUUUCCGUCGUCUGACACUUUAUGCCAAUAUUAUUCACCCUUGAAGCAACUGUCAUUGUGGGUCAGAAUGUCUUGUUGCAAAAUCUUAGAAGUCAUGUGUGUAGAACCACGCAGCAUUUUAGAGUCUAAAGCUGCUCGUCCAUUUCAAAGCCUUCUCAAGAAUCCAUGCCUUCCCUCUGAGCUUUUCUUAAAAAAAAAAAAGAAAAGAAAAAAGAAACCACCAGGUGCACGUUUAGAAUGACGCUGUUUCACUCGCAUUUGAGAGGCUAGAUUCAGAAUAUGUGCCGAUCUCUUACAUGCCACGCAUUUUGCUGUAGAAGUGAGUGAGAGUAUACCGGCACUACUACGCACGCAGAUCACCUUUCCUUGUGUUCCUUUGGAUCAAUUCUGCACAAGCUUUGCUUCAAGUACGUUUUCCCCCCUUAUUCCUCGUUCUCUUUUCAAACAUUUAAUAGUGAAAAAGCUUAAUUAUCCGUUGUAUUUACAAUUCUACUUCUUGCUUAAUUCGUCUAGGCUCUGUUCCCACACAGCCCUACCGGCCAGCAAGUUCGUUCCUUUGGAUUCAGUCAAGGGUGCUUCGCUCUCGUGUGGUACUAUAAGAUAAUAGAAAAUCAGUGCAGAGUCCUGCGGCCUUACGAAUGUGCUUUAGUUUUAAUCUAGCUGCAUGUGACCCUGAAAGGUAGUCAGUCGACUUUGUGUCCACUUCAAUCUGCCCAAGGGGGCUCAUUAUAUUUCGCUUGCCCUGUUGCUAAAUCAAAUGUAUGCCAGCCACCACGUACUUUAAAGUACACAACUCCAAUUAUAUCCUGUCUAUAAUUAUGCAAACGUACCAUACUUAGUAAAAAAAAAAAAAGCCCUUCUUUUCUUUUUUAUUGAAAAGUUGUGCUUAUCUCUUUUCUGUGCAGCCGAGUUAAUCUUAAGGAACACAACGACAAAUAUUAUGCGUGUGUCGCAAAAAAAAAAAAAUAUUCUACUGACGUAUUUUUAGUGCUUCGCAAGAGACCGGCAGCCUCAGCCGCGUAGCCUUCCCUGUGCCAUCCAAGUUUCUCUUUUUGACAAAGUGCCACUUUUGGAAGUGGGCGGACGGUGGAGCCGCCCAUGUAGUUUCGUCCACAACGAAUCUUGUCGCGCCAAAGCCAGAGCAGAUGCAUUUACACGCACAACGCGCAGCCAAAAAACAAAAUGCUUUUUGACGCUACGUAGAGCGACAAUCAUGACAAAGUAUAUAUAUAUAUUAUAUACGCUACUACUCGCCCGCUACCUGGUGCACCGCUGUCGCGCUUAGUAGCGUUAUUUAUUGCGUCAAAUAUGCAAAGAAGAACUGUAUACAUAUAUCUGUAGAUACACUUACAAGAGCGAAACCUCAUUGUCUGGAGGACGUCUGUUAUGUGCACGCACUGACGCGUCUUUUCUUCCAUGCCUCGCAGUGUGCAGACUUCUUGCACUCGAAAACGGUCGACCUGGUUGAAACUUCCCUCUAAGUCCGUAAAUGUUUGUGUGAAAGCAACCAAUGAUGAAUUGCAUUACUUAAUUAAUCAAUCGCCGGUUGAUUGACUCGCUAUGGUUUGCCUAGUGUGGUGGUGUUGACACCGGCUGUUGUAUUCCCUCUUCAAAUGUGCGAAGUCUUUGAGGCACACUUAAAAAAUUGUCCCUUAUGCGUAGAUAUAUAGCACUAUCUACACGUGCGAAGUUUGACACUUCGAUAGAUAAACAAUGAAUUGUUUGGUCGUUGUAAAAGGAAGAGGAAAAGCAAGCGGCAGAUCAAGGCGGGAACAUUUUCUACAUAUUUGCCUGGCAGAGCCGUUAAUGUCAGCCAGCAAAGCAAGCCCAUCGAUGACUUCCCUUCCCUUUUGAUAACGACGUGCCAAAUGUAAACGUCUCUUUUAGACAUGACAGAAAGUGGGACAAAAGUCGCCGAGCACGAGAGUAGUCCAGGGAUUAUAUUUUGUACAUUUGACAGCCAAAAAUGAACUCUGGGUCAAUCCACGUCUUUAUAUGUUUUCUGUCAUCGGACAGAUUGCAAACUAGCUAUUGUAAGCCAAAAGGCAGCAACAAAAAAUAUGCAUAAAUGGGUCUGACUGACGAGAAAACAAACCUCCUCUUGCGGUCGCCUUCAUAAAAUGAAGCUUCCGAAUGUGAGGUUAAAACAUUGCCUAAAAUUUCAGGCUCCUCGUGUGACUUUUGUGUCACUUUGUUUAGAGAUAGUUCCGCCACUCUAAGCCGAACAUUUUCGUGCCAACGAUGCAACGUUGUUGGCAGCUUUGUACUUUUAGAGAUUAGCGUUCUUAGAACGAGCGGCUUUGUGCUGCUUUAAACCCAACCAUUGCCAUACAUACGCCAUGCAAGAAGAGAAAAAUGGUCCUCGAAGGAAGCGUUCACGUACCUGCUACAGCCACUUAUGCAUCCUUAUACGUGCCAAACUUGGUAUUUAGUCACGACGCGUCCUCCAGGAAACGGUGUGUGACGUGGUCGCGAAGCGAAAGUCAAGUGUGAAGUCCUUUUGUACAUAUUUUGGUAUUGCGCUGUACAGUUUUGUAUUUAAUUCUGCUGAGCGCCCCUUGGAAGGGCCGCCAUCCAUGUCUGGGCUAUCGCUUUUGGAGAGGCCAUCCUACGCGUCGUCAGGCGCAGAGCAGAAAUGGCUUUUGCGAACUGUCUCUUGUCCAAUGUGUGUGUCUUCAUCCGGAGCCAUUGAAGUGCCAGGGGUUAAAUAAAGACAUAUAUUUAAGACAGCUUCAGCAAUGUAUGUUGCAAACUUGUAAUAAAACGUACGCUUCAAACAAUGUA